GUUACCAACAGACGGCGACACGCGACAUAACUUGGAAUUUGGUUAGGUCGGUUGGGGUUAUUGUUAUUCCUUCAGUAGUAAUCGCAGUUUGUCGUUGAACUUUACGCCGAUUUUUCUGUAGUGUUGGCAAGUUUCAGCCAGUGAUAACUGAAAACUGCGAUAAUUAAGCAUAAACAGUGAUAGCUGAAAAAUGUUGAUAAAAGUAAAGACCCUCACUGGAAAAGAGAUUGAAAUAGAUAUAGAACCUACCGACAAGGUAGAGAGAAUUAAAGAAAGAGUGGAAGAGAAGGAAGGAAUACCACCACAGCAACAGCGAUUAAUAUUCUCUGGCAAACAGAUGAACGAUGAAAAGACCGCGCAAGAUUAUAAAGUCCAGGGCGGUUCGGUAUUACAUUUGGUACUUGCAUUGAGAGGAGGCUGCAAAUACAUUCCUCGUUUAUAAACGAAUAUGAGAGGAUAUUUAAUAAAUGUGAGAUCAAUAGGAAGGAAAAACGAAAAACAGCAUGUUCAUCGCCGGUGUAUGCGCACCUGCGCUCAAAGAGGAGUCUAUGUUAUUCUAUAUGAUAGAAUAACUUAGAAUCUACGUGUGAUCUUUAUAAUCUAAAUAAAUAUUUAAUAAAAUAUAAUUUAAUCGUAAAAAUAUAUACAUGACAAGUAUUUCUAUUUUAGAAAUUAAUUUCUCAUGUAACAAAAAAUAAUAAUACACUUAUGUGAUCUUUGUUACUCUCCCAUUAUUCUUUAA